UUUUUUGAACAAAAUUUGACGAAAAUUUAGCAUAAUGUAAUGACGAUUAUUAAUAUACUUAAAAUUGUAUACGAAAAAGUUUUCAUAAUACCAUUAACGACUUUUUUUACCGAAAUGACUAGGAUUUUGAAUAGUUUGACAAUAUCGUAAUAAAAUAUUACAAAAGAUUACAUAUUCGUGUAAUAAAUGAACAGGACGUACGUAGCCAUUCUGAUUAAACGACAAUUAUUAAAAUGAUUGAAUACUCCGACCAAGAGUUCGAAAAAAAGCUAAUGCUUCUGAAAGACACUCAAGAAGCUAUACAAACGUUGUCUACGUGGUGUCUGAAACGACAUGAACAUCACAAAAGUAUCAUUUCUAAUUGGCUGAAAGCGAUAAGAAAAGUGAAAAUCGAAAAACGAUUGACUCUGUUCUAUUUGGCCAAUGAUGUGAUCCAGUAUAGUAAAAAAAAGAACUACAAGUUUGUUGACGGUUGGGCGACGGUCAUUCAAAAAGCCAUUCCAUACGUCAGAGAUGAAAAAAUACAAAAGAAAAUAACGAGAAUUAUCAACAUAUGGAAAGAACGAGGAGUGUACGACGAUACUUACUUGGCCGAUCUGACCGGUUUGUUAACUACUCCGAUUCAAAAACUCAAACUAGCCGAUCCCGUACAAGAAUUUCAAAUUCAACCUUUAGCCGUUAAAAUACGGUCGUGUGUUAAAUUGGAGCAAUUAACCGACCUCAAAAUGAAAACGUUGAAGGAGACUAAUUUACCGUUGACAAACAACGAAUCUAUACAAAACAUGUUGAAAGAUCGUAACAGAAGUCAUGAAUUUCUCAACGAGUUAAAUGACGGAAUAGUAAAAAUCGAAAGCUAUAUUAAAUGUUUGAAAAAGGAAACAAUCGAUCGUGCUCAGCUAAUAGACGCCCUGGAAGUGGCGACGUCUUAUUACGACGAGCAAAACGAAGAAGUCAAAACUGUAGCUCAAGCUUAUUUCAACUACAGCAAACGAGUGAGACAAUUGUUGUCCAAAUUGGAAACGCUCAUAAAUUCGUUGCCCACUGACAGUCCAAUGCCAUCACCUGACAUAAACGCGCCGUCUCCGUCGUCCUCUUCAGUGUCCAUCGAAGACAUCAACAUGCCAAACUUUAACAUUGAAAAUAUCUCCAACGCGUCUGAUUUCUUGAUUAAUAAUUCUUCGUCUAUUGAAAACAACGAUAACGAAAUUUACGUACCGACCAUCAAUUCCGACAGUAUCAAGUCGUAUGUUCCGUCUGAAACAUAUAAUAAUGUUCAAGACGUUUAUGAUCCGGCCGCCAUGAAUUUUCCAGUUAUGGAAAACAAAGACUUACAAGAUGGCAGCCAAUUCACUUACGAUGCUCCGUCACCACCUCCCGACGAGACGUUUGCGUUCCCGUCUUUUGCUGAGUCUACAAAUCUUGGAUACAGCAAUCGACCAGACGACCAAACUAUUAAGAAAAGCGCGUACGCCAUGGACAACUACCACGAAGCUUACGUACCUACGCCAAUAUCUAGUCAAGCGUAUAUGAACACCGAGUACAACAAUAUGGUGUCUGACAACAAUCUAUCUUUGGUCGCCAACGAUAAAACUAUGCCGCUUAGGCAAGAUCAAACUUUGGGACUUGUCAUAUCGUCUGACCAUGAAACAUGGCCGGUAAUGACAUCGAAGUUUACAAGUUGGGACACAUCUGUGCAAAACAGCUGGUCGUCACAGGACACUCCGGCAUCACCACCUUAUCACGAGAAGGUCUCUUACCACGACACUCCUAUAAUCAGUAAAACUAGUGGUGGACCCAUUGCCGACCAUUGCGUACAAGUGUCCAAAAUGACGGACAGAGACGAUAGAAUUUUACCAUCUAACAUGAUAAAUGAAAACGCAGAUAUCGAUCAUAGGAAUUUGAUAAGCCUGACCAAUUCUCCGUACAUGAGCUCGCCAGUUGUAUCUACAGACGUCGAUUAUAGAACGCUGCCUGGCAUACCCAUGCCGCCAUCGCCUCCGGCUAUGUUGAUGGCCGCCGUCAACAAGCCUCCAAAAGACAAUGUGGAGAGUGUCGAUAUGGACUUGAGCGACGACGACGACAGGCCGAAGGCGAAUCACGAACAAACGACAAAUCCUAUGAUUUUACCUCCUCCACCACCGCCGCCGCCAAUGGUAUUCGAUUUCGAAACCCAACUGGCCGACGUGUCCAAGCAAUGGGAACAAACGAGUCAGCAGCAGUGGACCAACGAAACGGCAAAUUACAAUGAUGGUCAAACGUGGAACGUAGAACCGGUAGGGGUGGACCAGUGGAAACCACAGAACCAGUGGAAACAAUCGGAGCAGCAAUCCGGUGAUUCAAUUGGUUAUAAUCAAAAACAACCUGCGCACAACCAGUGGGAACAACAACCGGAAAACCAAUGGCAGUCGCAAACCAAUCAUAGUAGAGAUCAGCCGAGAAACGAUUUCCGACCGAAAUGGAAUAGAGGGAAUGGCAAUAAUAGUUGGCCGAGAGGGCCUAGAAAUUUCUCUCAACGUUCCAGAACCGGCGGACGAUGGAACCACGGGCCGAGAUUCGGGCCUAGAAAUCAACAACCUUGGUGAACGACUACACGAGGUUGGUUAAAUAAAAAAAAAAAUUUUUAGACUGAGGUGAGAGUAUAUAUGUAUAUUUUUGUAAUAAUUUAAUAAUGAUAAGAUUUUCUGUUGUUUUUUUAAUCAAGAGACCGCAAAUGUAAGUUUAUUAAAAAUUAAUUUGUUUUAUUUUAUUGUUAUGUAUACUAAUAAUGUAAGAUAAUUAUUAACUAACAAACAAAAAAAAAAAAUGCAUCGUUUAUACCACAUAAUGUGAAAAGAGAAUUUUUUUUUUAUUAUUAAAAAUAGUAUAUAAUAUUUAUAUUUAUAAAACGUCAAUGAUUCCGACUUUGAAUCUCACAAAUGCAAAUCAUGUGUUAUAGUUAUUUGAUUUUUCUCGUUUGAAUUUAUCGAGAAGAUUGAACUAUUUUUUUUGAAAUUGUUGCAAAUUUGUUUACUUAAAUUAUGCACUAUUUUCGUAGUAAUAAAAAUGAAAUCGAACACACCUUUAUGAAUCGGAAGUACAAAAUACCAAAAAUACCUAAUAAGUCUAAUUCGGUUUAGAAAACAUAUUUGAUUUUGUAGCGAUUAAACAAUUUUUUUUUAAAUAAUAAUAUCAAUCGUGUACACGUUUUGGAAUACUGAGAUUCAUAUUAUAUAUGUUUAUAACUAAUUGAUUAAUGUCGUAUCGAUGGUUUGACCUUAAUAACAUGAGGUUACAUUCGCUGUACAAUUUCAAUGUAUAUUUAUCACCAACUGAGAUAAUAUUUUGCGUUUCCUGAUACAAUUAUACUAGCCUGUUUGUUUUUAUAGUAUAUUUAAAAAAUGAAUUUAUUUGCAUGUAUUUUUUAUUUGGUAUUUAGUUAAGUCGAAAUAGUAAUAUAAAUUAUAUAUUUAUUGUUUUUAGAAAACAUGUUUUUAUUGUCGUUUUUUAAUGAUUAUUAUCUUGAGUACAAAUUGGUUUAAUAAAAUAUAAUAUGUAUUAUAGAUACGUUAGGUAAUGUCUUACGAUAAAAAAAAAAUUAUCUAUUCCAACACCGGCUUUGGACUGAUUAUAAUAUUUUGCUAUUAUGGCCGUUCGGUUAAUAGAUUAUUAUAUGUUGUCGCAUUAACCUAUUU